CCUGCCCCAUCAAUGUGGCCAUAUGGAAAGCUCCUGUCUUGACGACUGAUUAGCUGGGCUGGUUGAUCUCGCUCCCCGCAUAUAAGUACGGGCUCAUAGUCAGCUCCUCAAGACACAAGAACACCCGUCGUCGCUCACCAAAGCCUAAGGAAGCAGAGCAUCGUCCUCUGGGCGGUCAUGGCGAGGAUUCACCUCUACAUCGCCGCGGCCUGCGCUGUCGUCCUCGCGCUCACCGCUCCGACCCUCGCCGGCGACCCCGACAUGCUCCAGGACGUCUGCGUCGCUGACCUGAACUCCCCGAUCAAGCUCAAUGGGUUCCCGUGCAAGGCGAACAUCACGGCGGACGACUUCUUCUUCCCGGGGCUCAGGAACCCCGGCAACACCAACAACCCGGCGGGCUCCCUGGUCACUGCCGCCAACGUGGAGAUGUUCCCGGGCGUGAACACGCUGGGCGUCUCCAUCGCGCGCAUCGACUACGCCCCGGGCGGCCAGAACCCGCCGCACACGCACCCGCGCGCCACCGAGAUCAUCUUCGUCCUGGAGGGCACGCUCGAGGUGGGUUUCAUCACCACCGACAACAAGCUAUUCGUCAAGACCGUCACCAAGGGGGACGUCUUCGUCUUCCCGCGCGGCCUCGUGCAUUUCCAGCAGAACAGGAGGUACGGCCCGGCUGCCGUCGUCGCCGCCUUCAACAGCCAGCUCCAGGGUACGCAGGUCUUGGCCACGGCGCUGUUCGGCGCUGCGCCGCCGGUAUCCACCGACAUCCUUGCCAAGGCCUUCAGGAUCGACAACGGGGAGGUGGAGGCCAUCAAGGCCAAGUUCGCGCCCAAGUAGAAACGCUUCCACCGUCUGCAUUUGUUGGUUUCUCAAUAUAAAUGCGCAUGCCGAUUGCUGAAUGUCUCGUCAGCGCUACUACUUGGUCGCAGCGUGCCGUUCAAUUUGUUUACUGUACCUUUUGUUUGAGAAAUUCUUGACCACGAUUGUUGCUAUUAAUUUAAUGAAUUUGUGUGGCACAUUAGCUUUCUUUGCAA